GUUGGAGCCAAAACAAAACCUAUGAGUCUAGUUUUCUCACUUCAAUGAGACAACAUGAGAAAAAUAUCUUAAUGAAUUGCGAAUUAAAAUUUAAACACAUGAGAAUGGACAAUGUAUAUGAUAUGCUUUUGGAAUGCCAAAGCAACAAUGUUAAGGCCGAAUUUCAGUCUAAAAUUAUCGGAAGCAUCGUAUUGACUUAUUAUAAUAAUAAGACUUACAAAAUUGACGAUAUAGAUUUUAACACUACCCCGAGUAGUACAUUUUCCAAAAAAGAUGACACUCAAAUAUCAUGCAUUCAAUAUUAUCGUGAAAAAUACAACAUCAACAUUGAGGUGCCGAAUCAACCAAUGUUAAUUUCUCAUAGUAAACCUAGAGAAAUCAGAGCAGGCAUGUCAGAAAUUGUACAGUUAGUAUCAGAGCUGUGCCAGAAAAUAUAACAUCAUUAUU